ACCGCAUAAAACAAGGACGGCCUUGCAAAAUAAAUCACCAUUUCAUCCAAAAAUCCCUAAACCCUCUUCCUCCUGCGCCUCUAUAUAAACACCCCUAAAACCCUGGCCUCUCAUCGCAUCCUCUCCAGAGUUCAUCUCCGAUACAAAUUUCAUCUGCUGACUGGAAGUUGUAGAGAAAAUGUCGAACCCGAAAGUUUUCUUUGACAUAUUGAUCGGAAGGAUGAAGGCGGGUCGAGUUGUAAUGGAGUUAUUUGCUGACAAAACCCCGAAAACUGCUGAAAAUUUCCGCGCUCUUUGCACUGGAGAUAAAGGGAUUGGAUUAUCAGGGAAGCCACUGCACUUUAAGGGCUCCACAUUUCAUCGCAUUAUCCCGAACUUCAUGUGCCAGGGUGGAGAUUUUACAAGAGGCAAUGGGAUCGGAGGAGAGUCAAUUUAUGGGGCAAAAUUUGAAGAUGAGAACUUCAACUUGAAGCAUACCAGCCCUGGAAUUUUGUCGAUGGCGAAUGCUGGACCUAAUACCAAUGGUUCGCAGUUCUUCAUUUGCACUGCAAGAACCCCAUGGCUUGACGGAAAGCACGUUGUGUUUGGAAAAGUUGUUGAUGGAUACAGUGUUGUUGAGAAAAUGGAGAAGGUGGGUUCGGAGAGCGGGACUACUUCUGAACCUGUUGUGAUUGAAGACUGCGGCCAGGUAAAAGAUGAGUGUUGAUGUUUGAAUAGUUGGGUGAAGUUUCAAGUAACGUCUUAGCUUAGGGUUGCUGGUAGCGUUAGUUAGUUUCAAGUUUCCAGCAAAAAUUGUGUUUUGCUUGAAGAAAUUUGGACGCCUACUGAGUAUGUAAUGCAAAUGAUACUUGAAUCGAUAUAUAUUUUUGUUAA